GCAGACUCUUCUGUUUUACAGUCUUGAAAACUGUAGAAGUUAGUAAGGCAAUAUAAACCGCUCAUAAAUGUGACAAAACCAACACAAAGUGUCCUGCAGUGGCCCAAGCAGCAGUGACAGGCUGGAAAGAGCCAAGGAGCUCUGGCAGGCCAGAGCUGGCAGAGGUCAGAGCGGGGCUGGCACUGCCCAGGCACACUCAGCAGGCUCACGGGGGUCCAGAGCAGGAGCAGAUGCAGGGAGCAAAUCCCCUAUCCCAGAGGGAAGGCCUGGCCAUCCCAGGCAGCACAGCCACUCCUUCCCCCAGCAGAGGUGCAGAAGACAGACAGACACCACGAGCUUCUCCAGGAGGAAAUCUCCAGGGCUCCCUUUUCCUCCACCAGGGAAUAUCCCACAGCUGCCCACCUUACUGACAGGGCAGCAGCCCAUCACAGCCUGUGGCCCCUGUCCUGCUCCGCAGAGCACCCUCCCCUCACCCAGCAGAGCUGUCCUCUCCUCAGGUGCUGUAACUCCACCAGAGUUACAGAAUGCAAGCAUGAAAACUUUUCCCCUUUCUACCCAUUAUUUGUGCCACGUGCUCUCCCUGUGCUGCAUCUCUGGACACUACAACCAUGAGGCACUUUGGAAAAGCAAGACUAGACACGGGGUUGCAAACAAGCCUAAAUAUAUUAACAGCAGCACUCUACAAAUGAGCCUAUGUUUAAAUGUUUGCCUGACCAUCCUGCAAGCUGCAGCCCAAACACACACUGUACACAACAGACACACUGCCCCUGCCAGGAACACCCUGACAGGGAAAGCAACUGCCAGCAAGUGCCCAAGGGCAACUGGAUACUGAAGAGAGACCUCCUGGUUUGGCAGGGUGCUGUGUGGUACCCGGGCAUUAUCUUAAAAAACAGGAAAAAAGAAAUACACCCAGAUGGGGAAAAAAAAAACCCAAAGCCCAAAACCAAGAAAAGAAAACAACAACCAAAAAACCACAAGACAGCAGGCUCAGCAUUGCUAGCUUUAGAAGAAAACCUCCAAAAAUAAACCCUCUGAAAUCUUCCUUUAUGGAGAGCAGACAAUCAGAUAGAGCAGCCAAGCUCCUGAUCUGAACCCCCAAGUCAUCCACUCCCCGGGGGCUGGGGCGAGCAGAGCACUCCUCAAAUUACAGAGAUCUGUCACCUUAAACCCUCGCUAUCAAGUGACAGAAGAUGCACUGAAACAUCUGCGAAGCUGUACAGAAGGGCACAGGGAGGAAGAGCAUUUACAGCAUCCUCCAGCCAGGGCUGGCCGGGCUCUGGGGCUCUCAGGACAGGGCUGGCCGGGCUCUGGGGCUCUCAGGACAGGGCUGGCCGGGCACUGGGGCUCUCAGGACAGGGCUGGCCGGGCACUGGGGCUCUCAGGACAGGGCUGGCCGGGCUCUGGGGCUCUCGGGACAGGGCUGGCCGGGCACUGGGGCUCUCAGGACAGGGCUGGCCGGGCUCUGGGGCUCUCGGGACAGGGCUGGGUGGUCUCUGGGGCUCUCGGGACAGGGCUGGCAGGGCUCUGUGGCUCUCCAGCAUCCGGGCUGCUGCCGCCCAGGCCCCGGGCACCGCCUCCCCGCCGGCAGCCGCGGCCCCCGUGCCAGCAUGCCGGCGCAGCAGAAGAAGCUGCUCUUCUGCACGGCCGGGGUGCUGAGCUUGGCCUGCGCGCUGGGCACGGCGGCGGCCGUGGGCUCGCAGCUCUGGGUGAGGGGCUCCGUCCUCUGCACCACCGGAGCGCUGCUCGUCAAUGCCAGCGGCGCGGAGCUGCACAAGUUCAUCGGCGACAUCCAGUACGGGCUCUUCUCCGGGCAGCGGGUGCGGCAGUGCGGGCUCGGCGGGCGGCCCCUGCACUUCUCAUUUUUUCCGGAUUUGCUCAGAAUUAUCCCUGCGAGUAUCCACGUCAGUGUCCUUCUCUUCUGCACAGUGCUGAUUGUUUUUGCCCUGGUGGGAGCAGGGUUCUUCAUGCUCAACGCCUUUGGCAGCCCCUACGAGACACUGCAGGGCCCCGUGGGGCUCUACCUCUGGAGCUUCAUCUGCUCUCAGCUGUGGCUGCACAGCAUCUCUCCCUCCCUUUCAGGUUCCUGUGGCUGCCUCAUCAUGAUCCUCUUCUCCUCAGAGGUGAAGAUCCACCACCUUUCAGAGAAAAUUGCUAAUUUCAAGGAGGGAACUUUUACAUUCAAGACUCACAGUGAACAGUUUGCAAAUUCCUUCUGGACCAUCCUGGUUUGCUCCCUGGUGCACUUCCUCAAUGCCCUGCUAAUCCGAUUUGCUGGAUUUGAGUUUCCCUUUUCAAAGCCAAAAGAUUCAGGGACAAUCACAGGAGCAGUUGACCUGAUGUAUUAA